UAAUGUGGAGAGGUCUUAUCAGUUGUGAUACGAUUUUGACACGAGUCAUGCUCAUUAUCGACGCUUAUUACUAAAUAAAUGCGAAAAAUGUUUAAAAUUGCUGGCAAAGUUGGUCUUAUAACCGGGGGUGCUACAGGGAUCGGUGCAGCAAUUGCCAGGAAUCUUUUGGAAGCUGGAUUAAAGGGAAUUGCUAUUGUUGACAUAAAUGAGAGAGACGGACUGGAAUCGGUGAGCAAGUUAAAUGAAGAAUUUGGAAAGUCAUCGAGCGUAUUUAUUAGGGCGGAUGUAUCCGUACGCGAACAGCUUGACGAUGCCUUUAAGAAAACUGUAAAAACGUUUAAUAAUUUGGAUAUCGUAGUGAAUAACGCAGGAAGGUUGGAAGAUAGCGAAUGGGAGGCGACGAUAGGCAUUAAUCUCGUUGGUACCGUCAAUGGUACCAUUCUAGCUUACGAACAUUAUCUGCCAACGUACAAAAGUGACGAUGAAACUGUAAUAGUAAACAUCUCGUCAAUGGCCGCUUUACACCGCUAUCCAUUAGCUCCAAUUUACGCCUCAGCGAAGGCGGGUAUUAUUGCUCUAACCCGCAGCCUGGGAUGCGGCCCUCAUUACAAGCGGACCAAAAUUAAAACACUGGCCAUUUGUCCCGGAAUUACAAGUACAGCCAUCUUAGAUGUGAAGGAAGAUCAUUUUCUGGGACCUGCUUACUUUAGAAUGUAUCAAGACCUCCUGAGGAGCUCUCCUCCCCAACCAAUAUCAGCUGUUUCCAAUGCAGUAAUAAAGGUAAUAAAAGAAGGCCGUAGUGGAUCACUUUGGGCGGUCGAACAUUCCAGAGAACCCGUCGAAUUAAAUUUUCAAUUUGAACCAAAAAUAUGACAAUUUUGUGGUUUUUUCGUUUGGACACCUGUGGAGGGGCGGGUAAGAUUACGAGUAUUCCUACCGCAGAGUGAAGCGGUUCUAAUCUUGGCCAUGGCCGGUCAGGAUUCCCAAAAUUGUACUUUUUUCGGUUGAAAAAGCUCUUCCAAACCUUAAGUAUCCUAAUGUCUUUUUUGUAUUGACUUAGGUUUAGCUUAUUCGCAGAGUAUUCAGAAACCCCUCCAAUAUAUUUUGAGAGAUUAUGCCAUAUUGGCUCUUUGAAAUAAACGUUUUUACUUCUCGUUAUAAAUAAGUUAUAAGUGUAAUAAAAAUUACGAGUCUCAAAUUAAAUACAUUUAUUAUUAUGAAAACAAUGAAUUCAAAACAAACUUUGAAAAUUGCUUUAAAAGGAACAAAAACGUAAUUCCUAUUUCCACUCAAAGAAACAUCCCUGCUGGCCAGAUAAAUAAACUUAUUUUAGUAAUCAAUGUAUCGAGUAAUUCUAACUAAACGAAUUCAAACCAUGAAUUGGAAAAAAAUGAUUACGAAAUUUUAAGCGUUCGAGACGUGAAAAUAAAAAUAAAAGUCUAUCCCUUGCCGUUCUUGACCAUCACCAGAUGCAUUUAUCCAGCUGAAUUGAAUUAUAGGUGCCAAUUGAUCACAGCUUGUGAACUUGGUCUGAUUUGGAAUCUCGUAUCUCUUACUUUUUCCCAAUUACGUUCAAGUAGUUCUGUUGGAAAUAUCUCUUAUCGAUCAGUCCUGAUAAAACGCAACACUUUGCAAGUUGGACAAUUCGCUGAAUUUUUCUUGGUGACUAUUACCAAAUGG